UACACACACUCCACUCUCAUCCCACAGCCAAUAAGGACUUGAUGAUCUCAAGUAUCACUAUAGCACAAGGACUUAUUCUCUGAGCUGAGCCUGAAGAGUCUUACAGACCUUCAUCUUGGUAGCAGAAGGAGCUUCUCUUCUUGGCCAGGGAGUGAAGUCUGCUGUCACCAUGUCUGACACUGAGGAAGUAUAUGAGGAUGAGGAAGCCCAGGAGGAGGUAGUAGAAGUAGAAGUAGCCCCUGAGGCGGAGGCCCAGGUAGAAGCAGAGCCAGAGGUAGAGCCUGAACCAGAACCAGAGCCAGAGGUGGUGCAGCAGGUGGUUCAUGAGGAGGAAGAGGCCUAUGAAGAGGAAGGGGAGGAUGGAGAUCAAGAUGAGGAGAAGCCAAAGUUCAAACCAAGUGCUCCAAAGAUCCCUGAUGGAGAGAAAGUGGACUUUGAUGACAUCCAGAAGAAACGUCAGAACAAAGAUCUGUUUGAGCUUCAGUCGCUGAUCGAUGCUCACUUUGAGUGCAGGAAGAAGGAGGAAGAGGAACUCAUUGCGCUCAAAGAAAGAAUUGAGAAGCGUCGAGCUGAAAGAGCUGAGCAGCAAAGGAUUCGUGCUGAGAAGGACAAGGAGCGACAGGCGAGGAGGGAGGCUGAGAGGAUCAGAAAGGAGGAGGCAGAUAUCCAGAGGAAGGCUGAUGAUGACGCCAAGAAGAAGAUAGCACUGACCAACAUGGGAUCGGGCUUCAGCAGCCACCUGCAGAGGAUUGACCAGAAAAGAGGCAAGAAGCAGACUGAAAGAGAAAAGAAGAAGAAGAUUCUUGCAGAGAGAUACAAACCCCUGAGCAUUGACAAUUUCAGUGAGGACAAGCUGAGGGAAAAGGCAAAAGAGUUGUGGGAGUGGCUGCACAGCCUGGAGGAGAUUAAAUAUGACCAUUGUGAGAAGCUCAAAAGACAGCGAUAUGAGGUCAUCUCACUCAGAAACCGAAUCGAUGAGCUGCAGAAACACAGCAAGAAGGGAGCCGCCUCACGCCGCAGGAAGUGAGCAGCUACUCGGAGGCGGUCGGGCAGUAGGCAUGCUCCCCUCGGCCACAGCUGCUCACCGUUUGGGAGCAACUGGAUGCUUUAAUGCCUGCAAACGCUGAAGUGAAAUAUUUCCAUAAGAAUUUAACUCCACUUAAGAAAUUGUAUUAAAGCUUGUUCAGUCUAAUUGAUUUGGUCAUUGUAGUAGAACAGUAAUACUGACUUUAUUGCUGUUAAUCAAACAAAAUUUCUAAUAUCAUAAUAAACCUGCUCCAAAGUC